GGCUGAGACCAUCGUACCUGACCAGUAUAUAGUGACUUGAGGCAUUCAGAAUUUGCUUUUCUUCAGCAAGUGAGCCUUAAAAUGGACCCGUCGCGGGAAGAUCUUAUCAAGGUCCUAUUCUUCGCUGCACAGCAUUACAGACAAUCAUGCCUUGUAGUUAUGGCGUUAGCUUAUUUUAUGGUGACUAUACUGUUUCCUGCCGUUGCGAGCUUUAUCAUGGACAGCAGCGAUGACGACAGCGAGGAUGGCAGGGUAGUCAGAGGUCUUGGCAGGGCACUACCCAGGGUACGCUACUAUCCUCGGAACAGAGCCAAGCGCCAGCGUACUGAAGCUACUUUUAAUUCACUUGACUCCUGGGACGAUGCACGUUUCAAGUAUGAGCUACAUGUCAGCAAGAGAGUUUUCUAUGCCAUAGUUGAUGCGUGCCGUAUAGACCUUUCACCAAGAGGCAAUCGUGGCAUGAGCGUGGAGGAGAAGGUUUACAUCGCACUAUCUUUCCUUGCCAGUGGCGGCUCAUAUGGAGGUCUCAGUCGUCAGGCACAGCGUGGCAGAACAACUGUACAUAGGUGUGUAGGUCAUGUCGCGCAGUCUAUAUGUUAUCGGCUUCAACAUCUUGUCUCCGGUCCACCACGCACCCAAGCGGAGAUGGCAGAAAUCGUCGCAGCAUUUGAGGAGUUAGGUCGCUCUGAGAACACACCCGGUAUCCCUAACAUUUUUGCUGUCAUGGACGGAUCUCACAUUCCUAUCAAGAGGUUUCACAACAUGGGCGAGGCCUACUACAACUACAAGGGGUUUAACUCAGUUCUUAUGCAUGGCGUCAUGGACAACAAGGGGAGAUUCAUGGACGUCCUUGUAGGCUUCAGUGGGCGUAACAACGACUCCACACAGUUCCGUCACACCCAGAUUUACAAGGACCUAGUUGAUGGCUCAGAUCUACGUGAGCGGCUAAUUGCAUGGGGUCAACCUAUUAACGGUGUGAAGGCGCCGUUACUUAUCCUUGCUGAUGGUGCUUAUGAGGCUAGUGGAUUCAUCUUGCCGCCCUUUAAACAGCCUGAGAUCCAGGGCAACCCUCAGCGUUCUAAGUACAAUACCAAGCAUGCCAAGGCCCGUGUGGUUGUUGAGCAUGGGUAUGGGGCGUUGAAGAACAGGUUUCGCGUGUUGUUGAAGGGAAUGGAGCUUAGUGAGCCCAAUGUCAACAAUGUCAUCUUAGCAUGCACUAUUCUGCACAAUAUGUGUAUUGAUGACCAAGUGGCGGAGCCUGAUCAUGAUGAGAUGUAUUACGAAAUCCUUCGGUCUUAUGAGCGGUGGAAUACGGGAAGGCGUAAUGCCACGAGGCAGGCUGUGAGGUUGAACCAAAAUCAAGUAGACCACGGAGCAAAUGAUGACGUGUGGGAUGCGGAACAUAUCCGGGAUGCCAUUGUUUUGCACGUAAACCGUCGGUUUGGGUAGUUUGUGUAUUGGAAAUGACUAAGAGACUUAACUUCUCUAACACAGUUUGUGGCUUAACUGUAAGGAACAAGCGCAA